AUGGUGGUCGCCGACUACCUGCGCCGCCAUCUGGCCCCUUUGCGGGAGCGUGCCCGCUUUGCCUGGAUGUACACCGGCUCGGGCGACCUGACAAGGACCGACAUUGGACCGGACGGAGACCUCGACGAGGGGGCGCUGGCGACCCUGCUGAAGGUGGUGACCGGCGUCGACGACCUCGCUCGGGCGGUCCUUCCCCGAGAGGACCUGGCGUUCUACGCAGACCCGGGCCGGGCGGCGCUGCAGGCGUCCAUGCCGGAGUUUGAUGCCCAAGGCCUGGUGGAUCGUUCGGGGCACCGGAACCCCGGGACCAUACAAAUCCCUGGGGUGGAUGACAAUGGAGGGCAGGGCGCCGCCGCCGAAGCCAGCAGGGCGCCGCCGCCGAAGCCAGCAGGCCGGCGGCCCGAGGAGACCAGGGGAAGCGUCCCCGGGCGUACGCCGCCGAAGGAUCCCGCAGGAAACCAGAGGCAACCGGAGGAGCCGAGGCCAGCCCCCAUUCCAGGGUCGAGUGCGCCAGCGGACCCCAAGCUGAGGGCACUAGCCAGCCCUGAGCAAAGGGCCCCAGCCGGUCCCGAGCAGCAAGCGCCGACCAAACCUUUCCCGAGCCCUCCGAGGAAGGAGCGAGUGGCCGCAGGGGAGGUGGUCACGACGAGGGUGGCGCCGGCGCGGCAGCCAUCGGGGACCCCGAGCGCCUCUGUAGAGAGGGCUCGCAAGGGACCCAGCCCCUGGCCACCUUUUGGCCAGGCCCCGGAACCCCUCCCGGAGGUGUUGGGAAGCGCUCGGGAGGUCAUCGGGCAGCUAGAAGUGGCCGUGGCGGCAGAGCGGGCGGAGCUCGACAAAGAGCGUGCCACCCUGGUCGAUGAGAGGGGGCGGCUGGAGGAGGCCCGGAAGCUUUUGGAGACCCGCAUCGCCUCGGCCCGCACAUCUUACGAGAAAUCUAUGCGCGAGGUGGCCGAGGAGUGGGAGGCGCUGGAGGAGACCCGUGACGAAGUCGUUGCUGCGCAGGAGAAGGCCAGCUGCAUGAAGCGGCUCGCGACCGAGCGUGACCAGGCGUCCCGGAGGCGCGCCGCAGAGCUGCUUGCUCGGGAGCGACAGCUGGUGUCUCGGGAGGAGGCGGCCAGUAGAAGGGAGGAGGCCGUGCGGUCUGCUCAGGCGGACUUGGCCUGCCAGAACGACGAGCUCGAGCGUGGCCCCGCCGAAGUCCUCCGUCGUUGA